AUGCGGCUCGCCCGUGCCUGGCCAUGGCUGCCGCUAUACUGGAUUGCACGGAUCGAUGCCCUGGGGUCCUUCAACCCUUCACUUGGAGAAGCCGACGAAGGCGGCACUUGGCCACUUCCGGCAGCUCCAGGCCAGAGCCCGAGUCUCGUGAUCUUCGUCGUCUUCGGCUGUUUGGAGGGAUGCGGCGGAGAGAAUCGCCCUCUCGGUGCGAGGGGAGAGUGCUGGACGAUUCACAUGAGGCACCAGGCCUCCGACGUCUCCGAUGCCCUCAAGCGAUUCCUGAAGGUUGCGUGGAAGCUUUUUUCGAAUUCAUCGUCGGGUCUCGGCUCUGAAGGAACCGAGCCACCUGUAGGGAAGGUACAGGCAUUUCUUUUGCAACGAGACUCCGCAGUCCCUGCACGCACAUCGGGGGAGCCCUUCGAAAGGCGCGCCGGACUUGCCGAGUCCCACAGUAUCGCUUCUUAUGUUGACUUUUGGCGGAAUCUGCGCCGAACCACUGAUUCAGCAAUUCUGCGCGAGCAGACUUAUACCACAUCCACAUUGUAUAGCGCCAAAACGUCCACAACAUCCACCUGGCCGACUGAGAUGCACAGCAGCGCGGCCACCAGAUCCUUCGCCCGAUUGGCGGAGGUGACAUCUGUUAAUGACAAUGAGACAGCUUCACAAAAUGCCGCUAUGACGACGACAACGCCGCCGUCGGGCUUUGUGGCAACAUCUUCGACCUCCAAUUUGUCGGCCACAAGCGCCGACACGAACAGCUCACUCACAGAGAACUCGGCCAUUGAUGCCGUGAGUGAGCAGAACUCUAGCGAGUACAACUCCAGUGCGGCGUCGACCUCAACCACAUCAAUGUGGAUGGAAGAGAACAAGACGAAAGCUUCGAGCGGAAGCAGCGAACCUGCCUGGAACGAGACCGAAGUUCCGCAGAACGACUCCUACGUCGUGGAAGCAAGCAAUGCGUCCGAAGAGUUUCUGGAAGAGUCCACUUUGACUGGCAACCUGUCCAACAGGAAGGAAGAGAUAGCAUCAGAGAUGCUGAAUGGCAGCAAUGACUCUUGGAGUGUUCCUGCAUCUCUGGAAGACGAUGCGACCAACGAGUCCUCGAACGACAGCGAUUUUCUCUACAACGGCUCCACCAUCGCGCAUGCCAGCAAUGCGUCGGAAGACCUUCGGGAAGAGAACGACGAUGACCGGCACCUUGAUGCCAACCUAUCAAAUUGGACUCUGAAGAACUUGUCGGAGGUGCUCUCCGUUUGGAACGAGUCCUUCAACGAUAGCGCAAGCGACGGCGAACUUCCCGACAACGCCUCCGCCAUCGUCGGGGAAGCCGCCAAUGCCUCCUCCGAAGAUUAUCUGGAAGAUGACAAUGAGUCCGUCGAGCUCAAUGGCAACCUAUCGGGCUCGAACCAAGACAACAUGUCGAAGGUGUCGGACACCAGCAACGUGUCCGGAAGUCUACCUGCCUGGAACGAGACCGAAGAUCCCAUCAACAUCUCCGUUGUCACGGAGGCCAUCAAUGCCUCGGAAGAUCUGCUUGAAGAUGACAACGAGUCCAUCGAGCUGGAUGGCAACCUGUCAGAUGCGACCGAAGGAAACGUGUCGGCGGUCCCGAACAACAGCAAUGACCGCUGGAUUUUACCAGAAGAUGUGCACAUCGAUGGGAACGAGUCUGCCAACGAGAGCGACGCCUGGAACCAGACAGAGCCUCCUUACGCUCGAGAAGCUGGCAAUGCCUCGGACGCAUUGGAAGAUGACAAUGAGUCCGUCGCGCUGGAUGGCAAUCUGUCCAAUAGGACCGCUGAGAACUUGGCGGAGGUCUCGAACAGCAGCAAUGGCUCCUGGAUUCUGCCAGAAGGCCUGCCCAUCAUGGGGAACAAGUCCGCCAACGAUACCGAUGCCUGGAAUGAGACCGAAGAUCCCAUCAACAUCUCCGUUGUCACGGAGGCCAUCAAUGUCUCGGAAGAUCUGCGUGAAGAUGUCAAUGAGUCGACCGAGCUGGAUGGCAACCUGUCAGAUGCGACCGAAGAAAACGUGUCGGCGGUCCCGAACAACAGCAAUGACCGCUGGAUUUUACAAGAAGAUGUGCACAUCGAUGGGAACGAGUCUGCCAACGAAAGCGACGCCUGGAACCAGACAGAGCCUCCUUACGCUCGAGAAGCUGGCAAUGCCUCGGACGCAUUGGAAGAUGACAAUGAGUCCGUCGCGCUGGAUGGCAAUCUGUCCAAUAGGACCGCUGAGAACUUGGCGGAGGCAAUGACUCCUGGAUUCUGCCAGUCACUUGGGUACGCAAUUACUUGGGUGGCAAUUGGAAGUUCCAAGCUAAUGGAAGGCCUGCCCAUCAUGGGGAACAAGUCCACCAACGAUAGUGAUGUCCCGUCCUCGACUGUUCAGGCCUGGAACGAGACCGAAGGUCCCAUCGACAUCUCCGUUGUCACGGAGGCCAUCAAUGUCUCGGAAGAUCUGCGUGAAGAUGUCAAUGAGUCGACCGAGCUUGAUGGCAACCUGUCAGAUGCGACCGAAGAAAACGUGUCGGCGGUCCCGAACAACAGCGGCUUGGAAGAUGUGCCCAUGGCUGGCAACGAGUCUGCCAACGAAAGUGAUGCCUGGAACCAGACAGAGCCUCCUUACAACGGAGAAGCCACCAAUGCCUCGGACGCAUGGGAAGAUGACAAUGAGUCCGUCGCGCUGGAUGGCAAUCUGUCCAACAGGACUGCUGCGAACUUGGCGGAGGUCUCGAACAGCAGCCGCUUGAAUGCAGUGCUUCUGGAAGGCCUGCCCAUCAUGGGGAACAAGUCCACCAACGAUAGUGAUGCCUGGAACGAGACCGAAGAUCCCAUCAACAUCUCCGUUGUCACGGAGGCCAUCAAUGUCUCGGAAUAUCUUCUGGAAGAUGACAACGAGUCCACCGAGCUGGAUGGCAACCUGUCAGAUGCGACCGAAGGGAACGUGCCGGAGGUGUCGAAAAGCAGCAACGACUCCUGGAUUCUACCGGAAGACGUGCCCAUCUUUAGAAACGAGUCUGCCAACCACAGUGAUGCCAGUGAUGGCUUGAACGAGACCGAAGUUCCCAUCAACAUCUCCAUCGUCACGGAGGCCAUCAAUGUCUCGGAAGAUCUUCUGGUGGAUGACAACGAGUCCACCGAGCUGGAUGGCAACCUGUCAGAUGCGACCGAAGGGAACGUGCCGGAGGUGUCGAACAGCAGCAACGACUCCUGGAUUCUACCGGAAGACGUGCCCAUCUUUGGAAACGAGUCUGCCAACCACAGCGAUGCCAGUGAUGCUGAGGGCUUGAACGAGACCGAAGUUCCCAUCAACAUCUCCAUCGUCACGGAGGCCAUCAAUGUCUCGGAAGAUCUUCUG